AUGAGAGGGAAACGAAAAAUAGGACAGAAAAAUGAGAGGAGCCGCAAGGUCAAGAAAGUGAAUGGCAUUCGAUGUCAUGAAAUGUGGCGAAAAAUAACAGAGCAGGUCAAGCUAACUGCAUGGUAUGUAAGACGAUUGUCAAGGACGAGAGCGUGCAAACUAAGUAAACAGAAAAAGAAUGCCAUGGACAAGAAAAACCGCUUGAACCUUGAAGGGAAAAAAUGCAAGUCAUAUCAGGUGGAGGAGGUGAAGAAUGCAAGGCUCUCGGACAUGGCAUCAAACUGUCGGUUGACGUCAGCAUCGAGCGCGGCGGGCUGUGCUUCCAUUUGCUUGAAUGCCUCUAGAUGCGAAGCAUCAACGUACGUCAGUGCAGUGUGCAUCUUGUGCCAAGAGUUACCCUCGAUCCAUGAACAAUAUUUCCAUGAGAAUUUGGGAGCAUUUUUUUUCGACCGCCGUUCUGAUUUGUUCAGCUGUAUCUUGGAGGCUCACAGUGUCGGCAAGAUACAUGUCCCUUCUGAAGCCUGCGGCCUGGAAAUACUCGAAGAAAUCGAAUUCUGGAACAUUCCUCGGACAAUGAUCGCACCAUGUUGUAUCGGGAAGAUAAACGCAUCCCUAACACAGAAAAGGAUCACAGAAAUGAUCAGGGAGGAGUUACUGGAUGACUUCGAAAGGAGUGUGAAGGCUGUAGAGAAUGGAGAAGGAUGGAGGCAAGUUGCAGCCAAGAUGUGGAUAUUCCUCGAGUUUCCCGUCACCUCAGCAGCAGCGAAGACUUUGAUUUUAAUGUGA